ACGACACCUUCACUCGGAUUCCGCCCAACCAGUAUAUUUUCAAGGGCGCUGAAUUGCCUUUUGACUACGAGAUGGCUGAAGACUGCUUGCAGCACGAGGGCGAUCUGUUCGGCGAUCCCUCCUCUUCAUCCUCCCCCGCCUCUUCCUCUGCCUCUCUCUCGCCAGCCUCCGCCUUCUCCGAGUUCGCCAACACCAGCGAGGCCUCGCGGAACAUCGCCACGGAGGAGGUGAAUGUCAAAGGC